GUACGUCAACGCAUUAUAUUUAAACCCGCCGUCCUCACGUACAAGUUACUUAAUACAUCUCAACCAUCAUAUCUUCAUCAACUUAUAUCGCGUCGUUCGUCAACUCGUCAACUUCGUUCGUCUUCAUAUACUCAGUUGCAUCAACCUGGCAGCAAUUCAUCAGCUGUCAACAAAUGUUUUACGUACAGUUCUCCUUCCAUAUGA